UCUUCUUCUUAUUCUCUCUUAUAGAACUCCAACUUAGAGGAGACAAUGAAGUUUUCUUGCUCAAAACCAGCGUUGUUCACUUGUGCAAUCCUUCUCUUGCUCAUUGUUGCUCAAGAAAACAGAGUUGUUGCAGGACAGUCAUGUGAUCCUAUGCAGCUUAUCCCAUGCGAGGAGGCCAUACUGAAAGGCUCUAAGCCGUCGGAUACAUGUUGCACCAGGCUGAACCAGCAACAACACUGUGUCUGCCAGUACAUGAAGAACCCCAAUUUCAAAUCUUUCCUCGACUCACCAAAUGCUAAAAAAAUCGCCACUGAUUGUCAUUGUCCUAAACCCAAGUGCUAGUCUAUCUUCAUCUUCAGUCUUGUGUUUUCCAUGCUUUAUUGGAUUUGCUGUCGUUUUGUGUCAAGUUUGAUACCCAUCAUGUUUUAAUGGUUUUCUUCAUGGUU